AAAAGACCUGAUUGGAUUGAGAUAUAUUCUUAGUUCUAUCAGAAUAAUCAAAUAAGCAACACAAAAUGUUCAAAUUCAUUCUUAUUGCCGCCGUCUUCGGUCUUGCUGCUGCUGCUGUUUUGGAGAGCGAUGUUCGUGCUCAGAUCAACUCUCAAGAAAGCGUAAUCAAUCCUGACGGAAGUUAUAGUUAUUCUUACGAAACCGGAAACGGAAUUGCAGCUAAUGAAGCUGGUAACGCUGAUUCUGCCCAAGGAUCAUACCGAUACACUUCACCCGAAGGUAUUCCCAUUGAAAUAAGCUAUGUUGCAGAUGCUGAAGGCUUCAGGCCAUCCGGUGAUGGUAUCCCAACCCCACACCCAAUUCCAGAGGCUAUCCAACGUGCUCUUGCAUGGAACAGUGCUCAUCCAGAGGAAGAAGCUAACUAAGCAGCAGAUGGCUAAGCUGAAUUGUG